AUGGAGAAUAUUCACACCCAGAAUUUGGCUCCAGGUCUGCUUGCAGAAGAGACUAAUGAUGCAGGCAUAGCUGGUCAGAUGGUACCUGUGGUACAAAGACUUGCACCCCAAGCAAUACUGGCCGCACACAACAAAAGCACGCCAUCAACAGAACAUGAUUUGGUCAUUGUCAUAUUGAAUAACGGCUACCCGGAAGCUAAGCAAUCACAUAUCACACAAA